UUAAACCCUGCCUACUGCCGGUCGCCAGCAACCAUUUCCUUUCUUCCUCUUCUUAAACCCUAGGGGAGAGCUUCGCUUAGACAAGGGAUCGAAUCCCCUGAUAUCGUGUCUCAGUGUUCUCUUCGUAAGAUAUACGACCACAUUCAACUUCUCUGCGGUGGAAUGGCUUCAUCCAUUGCCAGCUCCCUACUUCGCAGAACCGCCCGCCUUCCAAUCUCCUCUGCUAUAUUUGUUCGGCGCCCGCCUGCGCUGCUCUACUGUUCCACGGUUUCUUCUUCCCCCUCUCCUCUUCUGACCCGGAAAUUUCUGAUUAGCAGCCGUACAAUCAGGAAGCUUCCAGCCCUGUUCUCUCUCCGUUUCGCUUCAACUAAGGUUGACGCUGAUGAGAAUCUUGAUAAAGUUCUCCAGUCCGAGAUCGAAUGUGCCCAGGAAACCGAAGAGAACGGUCGGGAAAUUGAUGCUCCAAAAGAUUUUCCCUUUGAAAUCAUUGAUAAUUCUGGCGAUCAAACUAUCAUUCUUAAGCGUGAAUUUGCUGGCGAGAACAUCCAAGCUACAGUAUAUAUGAAUUUUGAUGGGGAAGAGAUGAGCAAGGAUGAUGAUGAUGCUAGUGAGGUUGAUCAGGACAGUGCUGUUUCCCCAAAUAUUUCUCUGCUGGUAACUAUAGACAAAGGGGAGGGCCCUGUCUUGGAAAUUGGUUGCAAUAUUAAUUCUUCUGAUCUUGAAAUUGAAAGCAUGACAAUGAAAAGUAGCCAUGAUUCUGAUGGCCAGGGAGCUUACCAAGGACCUGAUUUUUCGGAAUUGGAUGAAAGUUUGCAAAAGGCUUUCCACAAAUAUCUGAAAUUAAGAGGUUUUGACAGUUCUCUCCGCGAUUUCUUACAUGAAUACAUGAUGCAUAAGGAUGAAAGGGAAUAUCUGACAUGGUUAGAGAACGUGAAGGAAUUUGUUGGCAAGCUACAAACAUGACGAUUACAUGUGAUU